AUGGCACAAAGAGCGUCACGCUCCGACUUUGAGGCCUUCUUCCCCACCCUUGUCAAAGACGUUUCCGAGCACGUACAGCAAUACAACUUACCGGAAGAUGCUUUGAAAUGGUUUCAAGAAUCCCUCAAAUACAACACCGCAAAUGGUAAGCUGAACCGAGGUCUUGCCGUUCUCGAUACUGCCUCCAUUCUCCUCGAUAGACCGCUCAACCAGACGGAAUACACCCAUCUUGCUACUCUAGGAUGGCUUACAGAGCUACUGCAAGCCUUCUUCCUCGUCUCAGACGACAUCAUGGACUCCUCUCACACCAGACGAGGCGCAGAUUGCUGGUAUCGGCGGCCGGAAGUGGGCAUGGUAGCCAUCAAUGACGCCUUCAUGCUCGAAUCAGCGAUAUACGUGCUCUUGAAAAAAUACUUCAGGCAGCACGAGAGCUACGUCGAUCUUCUUGAGCUAUUCCACGAAGUGACAAUGAAAACAGAGGCAGGUCAACUGUGCGAUCUGUUGAUCGCCCCAGAGGAUCGCGUAGACCUGAGUAAAUUUACCUACGAGAAGAGCAAGUUCAUUAUGACAUACAAGACUGCCUACUAUAGCUUCGGACUACCUGUAGCGCUAGCCCUAUUCUACCUUCGCUUGGCCACAACCAAGAAUUGGGACCAGAGUCAUGAUAUUUUGAUAGCAACGGGAGUAUACUUCCAGGUACAAGACGAUUAUCUUGAUGUUUAUGGUAGUCCGGAGGAGAUUGGGAAGAUUGGGACCGACAUUCAGGAGAACAAAUGUGGUUGGGCGAUUAAUGAGGCGCUGCCGCUAUGUGAUGCUCGCCAGAAGGCAAUACUGGAGGAAAACUAUGGUAGGAAAGACAAAGAGAAGGAGUUGAAGGUGAAGCAGGUCUUCAAAGAAUUGGACCUACCUCAAAGGUACCUCGACUUUGAGGAAAAGGAGGUUGCAAGGAUCAGGCAGAUGAUCGCUUCCAUUGACGAGAGUGAAGGCCUAAAGAAGGGAGUCUUUGAGAGCUUCCUGAAUAAGAUUUAUAAGAGGAGUAAGUGA